AUGGGCAGAGGGGAUCCAGCUCAGAGGCUCUCAACUAGUCGAGGUAAAACCCAAGCUCCCCCCCACAGCGACAGGACUGUGCUCCACUCUUGCCCUCCUCCCUACCCUCGUGGCUUUCUGCUCGCCACGUCGCUGCCUCUGCACCUGCUACCUUGGUCUCUCCUGGUGCCUCAGAGCACUCCAGGCCUUAUCAGCACAGGCCUUACAACGCCCGUCCCACUCCCCUCACCACACUCACCAGCAGGUGUAUUCAAAAGUGGAAUAGACCCGCUUCUUAGAUCAAAUGAGGGGGACAGCUCCGGUGCCCAGCCCUUUCGCGGAAGCAAGAGCCUAGUGCGGUUGUGGGAGAGGUACUGGCAAGAGCAGCGCUGCAGCCGGGGCCUGGGGCUGACCCGUCUGCUUCCCGUCCGUGCCGAGCCCGCUCAAGCCGCAGCCUUGUCUGGGGACGAGGUGAUUUUUGAUCCUACUGUGAGCAAGAAGAAAAAGAAGAAGAAGAAGCCUUUUAUGUUAGAUGAGGAAGGGGCUACCCAAACAGAGGGAACCCAGACUUCAGAAACAAAAGAAGUGGAGCCAGAGCCAACUGAAGACAAAGAUUUGGAAGCUGAUGAAGAGGACACUAGGAAAAAAGAUGCUUCGGAUGAUCUAGAUGACUCGAACUUCUUUAAUCAAAAGAAAAAGAAGAAAAAAACCAAAAAGAUAUUUGAUAUUGAUGAAGCUGAAGGUGUAAAGGAUCUUAAGAUUGAAAGUGAUGUUCGAGAACCAACUGAACCAGAGGAUGAACUUGACAUUAUGCUUGGCAAUAAAAAGAAGAAAAAGAAGAAUGUGAAGUUCCCAGAUGAGGAUGGAAUACUAGAGAAAGAUGAAGCUCUAGAAGAUGAAGACAAGAAAAAAGAUGAUGGCAUCUCAUUCAGUAAUCAGACAGGCCCUGCUUGGGUAGGCUCAGAAAGAGACUACACAUACGAGCAGCUGCUGAAUCGAGUGUUCAACAUCAUGAGGGAAAAGAAUCCAGAUAUGGUUGCUGGGGAGAAAAGGAAAUUUGUCACGAAACCUCCACAGAUCGUCCGAGUAGGAACCAAGAAAACUUCUUUUGUCAACUUUACAGAUAUCUGUAAACUAUUACAUCAUCAGCCCAAACAUCUCCUUGCAUUUUUGUUGGCUGAAUUGGGUACAAGUGGUUCUAUAGAUGGUAAUAACCAACUUGUAAUCAAAGGAAGAUUCCAAUGGAAACAGAUAGAAAAUGUCUUGAGAAGAUAUACCAAGGAAUAUGUCACUUGUCACACAUACCGAUCACCGGACACAAUCCUGUAGAAGGACACGCGACUCUAUUUCCUACAGUACGAAACUUGUCAUUCUAGAUGUUCUAUUGCCAGUAUCAAAACCGGCUUCCAGGCUGUCAUGGGGAAGCGAGCACAGUUCCGUGCCAAAGCUAACUAA